UGUGUGUGUCCCCGCCCCUGUAAAGCCUCUUCCCUCGACCUUCUCCUGCCCUCCUGACCCUCACAUCCUCCUCAGUGCCGAUGAUGACCUGCUGCUGACGACCUGCCAACACGGGGCUGUGCAGGCCGAGAGGAGGAUGCACUGUGAGGGGUGUGACGAGUUCGUCCGUGCGCCGAUUUCGACUGUAUUCAUUGUGUCCCGAGGCAGCAGCGGGAGCCAGAGGGAGAGUGUGACGCAUCUCAAGGCACACCUUGACCUGCAGCUCGUCCCUCCCUGCAGGUGCAUGGUGCCCAACGGGACGCUGCACCUCACCUGGGUCAACGCCCGGAGCAGACUGACGAGGGCAUCCACCAGUGCCUUCCUGGGUGUGGGCACCUUCAUCUCCACCUGCGCCAAGCUCAGCAUUGUUGAGUUUGAUGAGCAGCCUCAGGACGUGACGGUCAUAUAGGGGGAGCGCACUGGGUUCCCGUGUGCCCUGGACACCAUGCCGGCGCCCUCCAUCAAGGGGCUCAGGAACAGUCACCCGCUGGAGCCAGGCUCACGAAUGACAUGCCUUCCAUCUGGUGCCUUAGAAAUAGAGAAUGUAGCCAUGCCGGGGAGUACUGCUGCCAAGCCAACAAGAGCAAGGUGUCCCAGCAAGCCACACUCACAGUCAAGGAAGCCUACGCCCUGUGGGACCCCCAGCGGCCCGUGCUCACUGCUCAGCCAAAGUCCACGAUAGGCAAGGUGGGGGACAAGAUCACCCUGGACUGUGCGGCCAACGGCUACCCGGAGCCAGCCGUGGUGUGGCUCAGGGACAGCGCCACCAUCCACAUGGCUUUGUGUGUGUGUGUGUUGCAGUUAUUGCUGUAUAUAAGGGACCUGGACACACUGUUCUGCGGCACCAGCAGCAGCAGCCUGCACAUCCAUGGCCUGCAGGAGGAGGACGAGGGGACGUACAGGUGCCGGGCGGAGAACAGGGAGGAUUCGCUCGACGCCGUGGCCCACAUACAGGUCCAAGUUGCUCCGAGGUUUCUGAGGCAGCCGGCCAACGCUCUCGCCUAUGAGAAGGAGAACGUGGAGCUGGAGUGCAGCGUGUACGGCCAGCCAGAGCCCUCGCUCCACUGGCUCAAGAACGGCGAGCUGCUGGUGGAGACGGACUUUUGUGAUGGUGUGGACAUUUAUCACUUACAGAGUGUGAGCGGCAACAACCUGCAGAUCCAUGGCCUGGUGCGCCAGGAGUACUCCGGGAUGUACCAGUGUGUGGCGCACAGCUCGCCGGGGACGCCCAGCUGUGUGUCCUUGAGUCAAAGGAGCAAGACCCUGGCGGCGGGCACCCCCAGGCCCCCUUGGCUACUGCAGGCCACCUCCACCAGCAACAGGUUCAUCACGCUGGCCUGGCAUGAGCCGGAGCUCAACACCGACCACACUGUGGGAUACUCAGUCAUCUACAAGCAGGAAGGAUCACUCAGAGAACGCGUCCAGAACGCGAGUGCAGCUCCUCCAGCGAGGGACUGAAUGAAUACAAGACCCAGAUCAGCGACCUAAGUCCCGGGAGUAACUACAUGGUGCGGGUGGCAGCCCACACCUCCGGCGGCCUGG